ACAAAUAAUUUAUUGUACUGUUUUUAUAGCUGUUACAUUUGUUAUUUUAAUUUUGUUACAAUUAUAUUUAACUUGUUCUAUUGUGUGAAUUAUAAAUAUAAUUAUCAAAAAGAAAUGGCUAGAACUAAAGCUUCAGUAGGAGCUAAAGUGGCAUCAGGAAAGAGCAGCAAGGCCCGUUGCAGUGUGGCGCCACCUAGCAACAGCAGUGCAUCAGCAGGCAGUAGUGAUAAAUCAGCUCGGAGCUACUCGGGGGGUAACCCAGUCUGUCCCCGGGAGACACCCAAGUGGCAGAAACCAAUUACGAACUUCUUCAUCACCAAAGAUACAGAUGGAAAGGAGAUGGAGCCGGAAGAUGAUAUCACUGCAAGCAGUUCCAAAUCAAAACCAAAGCGGAACGUAAUAGAAUCUGAUGAAGAAGAUAUUGUAACUGUAGAGGAUAGUCCACAGAAACACGAAGACUCAGAACGUCCAAAGAACAAAGUUUUGGACGAAACAAUUGAAUUGGAGCCAUUGAGCGGAGAGAACAGUCAUAAAAUAGAAGAAUAUUACCCUAAAAACGAUCUGAAAGCGAAAGGUAAAGGUAAGAAGACGAAAGACAAGGAGAAUAUAGAUGGUAAUGUAAGAAGAAACUCGAAGAGAGAUUUAGAAGAUAUUGCAUUUGGAGAAGAAUCAGAACACGUCAGUAAGAAGAUAAAAAUUGGGUCUUGAGGCGUUUUUAAUUAUUUUUGUAAAUUUAACGCUAAAUCUGCUUAGAGUUGGAUUUUAAAUGAUAUUUCUAAUCAAACACUAGAAGAAAUCUCAUGAUACUGAAUCAACGAGAAUAAAUGAGAAACUUAAUUGAUUAAAUAAUGUUAUAUAUAAAAUUCUCGUGUCACAAUGCUAGUUAGCAUACUCCUCUGAAAGGGUAAGUUUUUGUAAAAUGUUAUACGCAUAUUCAGUAGGUCUGAGAAUCGGCUGCUUUCAUUUUUCAUAGUCCUAAAUGAUAAGGGUUGUCAACCCCUAAGUAUUUGUUUUUAUUUUUCGACAUAUAUAUUUUUUGUUAUGAUUUAGCUAUUGCAAAUAUAACUACAAAUAAUGUUUUAGGUGUUUAUUACUUAUAAGAAAAAAUGCAAUUGAAUAUAUAAUAUUUGACUUAUCUGUUUUUAAUGUUACUUAGCGAUUUAGCAAUUUAGCACUGAAAAAUACAUAUAAUCAUAAAUUU